AUGGCACUGGUUCAAAAAGAAGAAAAAGAUCCUGACGGCUCAGACCAGAAAGUGUCAAUAAUGUUGAACGGCGAGGAAUCUGAAUUAUACUUCGUCAAUUGCACAUCAGUAAAGGAGGAAAUAGAACGAGCUGAGCCCCCAGACGCAUUCGUGGUAAUAUAUUCGGUAGUGGACAAGGCAUCCUUCCAGAAGGCGGAGCAGGAUCUGAUCAAGCUGAUGGACAGUGACAUGCUACGCUCACGGCCUGCAUUACUAGUAGCAAACAAGAUCGACUUAGCAAGGAGUCGAGCUGUCUCCACACAGGAUGGCAAAUGUCUCGCGUGCACCUACAAGGCAAAGUUCAUAGAAAUAUCAGUGGGCAUAAAUCACAAUGUAGACGAGCUAGUCGUGGGAAUCUUAAACCAAAUUCGUCUUAAACGACAGCAGUACUCCGCGGAAGGUGGCAGGGAAUCUUCACCAGCUCACUGGUACAAAUCAAGAGGAGUUGUGAGAGCCAGCAUGAAGGCGCGUCAGAUGUUUACCUGGAUCUUCGGUAAGGAAGAUUCCAAGUUCAAAAACUGUGAGAACCUUCACGUACUGUGA